GUAACAAGAUGGCACCGUGAAAGGUACAUUCCUUCGAAGGGACAGCGUCCUAUUCUAGUUGUUGCUUGGAAGCUUAAUUUUGUCUGUAAAAUCGACAAGUAUAGUAAACCAUGUUUGUCAUGAACUUAACAAGGUAAGGGUAUGAAUUACUGUAACCCAUUUGAUCUAUUUAUCUCGUAAAAUGCUUUCCAGUCGAGAAAUACGAUCUCUUUGAGGAUGAACGCGGAUGUAAUUGACCCGAAAUGUUGUUACAUGGCUCAGUUUCAACUACCGUGGAGUGUUGAAUAGAUUUUCGUUUUUACCUCCUUUUUUGUCUGAAAAAGGAAAUUUGUUCGAAGUUAUACCAUUUUUAAAGUCAAAAAGGCAUUCCAUCGGCGUUGUUUACAUUGGAUUGCCCUUGAUACACAAUGCUUGAUAGGAAAUUAACCGUAAUGAUCGUAUUUUCAAAAUGUUUGUUUACAAGUCUCUCAGAGCUAUUAUGUUUGGAUUGCCUCUUGCAAAUUCAAAGUAUUCAGCUUCAUCGAUAUAAUUUAAAUGUAUGAAAUCAGUCAUAUUCAAGUCUAAGGAGAAAAUGAGAGUAGUUUAGCGUCACCAGGGAUAUGAGGAUUUAGUAAAAUCCAACUAGUGGUCUAUUAUCAAUGCUGCGUUCUGAUUGGUUGAGCUACUACAAGGCUAUAUGUUAUAGCUCACUAGCAGUGAAAAGCACACGCUUUUUAACGGCAAAAAAGGAUUAGAGUCUAGCUUUAACUAGCUAAAAUUUUUUAAUUCUUUAUAUCUUUGAUCAACUAGUUGGAUUUUACUAAAACAAUUAUUCCUCUGACUCUCAUGGCCUCUCAGUGAGUCAGUCGCCCUUUUGGCCGACUCAGGGCUAAUUCGGGCUUGAGGAAUAAUAAUUGUUAUCCUCGUAAAGGAGGUUCAUAAUAAUGUCAGUGGUCUGAAUUUUGAAACCCCCUGUUUCACGCAUUUCACACAUUAAGUUGCUCUGUGCCAGGCUCAAAACUAGUUGCUGUUUGGAAACAGAGUGGCAAAGGGGUUUUUCAUGAUGUGUGAUGGGACCCAAAUUAUCAACAUGAGGUGGAAUUGGGAAUAGCACCGUGAUACGUGAUUUGCUAUUUUCACAACCCGUGAUGCGUGAUUUUCCUUUGAAAUUUCCGUGAUAGUUAAGUUAAUAUCAUUUGAAACUAGAAGCAGAGACGUCAAAAACAGAUAGUUAUGACACCAACUUCUUGACCUUUUUUCUCGUUCUUCGGCCUCUGAUUUCCUCAGAUCAAAUGAUAAUAUGAUACUUGUUAAUGUAGUCAAUAUUUUAUAUUAUUUUUCCGUGAUGUGUGAUAGCUUAAAAAAAUUGGUGUGACGCAUGAUAGGUUUUCCCCUCUUUGCCACCCCAUCGAAAAUGAGCCUGCACUCAUUUGGGGAGGAUCAAAAACCAGACUCAGGAGAUGAGAGUGGUAGAAAUCGAACCUAGGUCAGAGCUCACCUAUCCAUGUACCCCUCACUACCCUCUGAAAUAAUCAAAGUUGAAAGCAUAUGAACUUAGCCCAUUGGAAAGAAGGCAGGGGCAAGAAAUACCGCAGAAAAAGUCAUCCUAUGCAGAUGUUGCAGUUUAAAGUCUUAUAUUCAUAAGACGACGACUGACCAUAUGUUAUUUCUUUCCUUAACUUGUCUUCUUCUUCCAAGGAAUUUAAUUUAAAGAGAACAAAGCAGUUAUACACACAAGAUCUUUGAUUGUACCAGACAGUAUGCAACACUCUGCAGCAUUUUUACUUAUAUUUCUUGGGAUUAUUCAAUUUAAUGCAGGUGAGAUAGUAAAUAAUACAUAUUGUAUACCUGCCAACUCUCACGCCUUAGGCGUGAGUCUCACGCCUGUGGGUUGAAAACUUCAAUCUCACGCCGGCUCACGCUUGCGGGCCAAUUUCUCACGCCUGAUUGAAAAAUGUGAGUUGCUGCCGUCUUGCUUGACACAAUUUCCAAAAAUAUGUUAACUCAGACCCAUGUAAGGAACGAAAACCAUGUGUAAAAUGAAUAAAUGACAAUACCUCGCGAUGUCUGAUAUUGUGGAUAAGCGUUUUCUCGAUAACUUAACCCUCGGCAGACUUCGGACGUCUUCAGAAGACUUUGGACGUCUUUGGAAGACUUCGGACUUCUUCGGAAGACUUCGGAAUUCUUCGGGAAUCUUCGGAAAUAAUCGUGUCGUCUUCAAAAAUCCCAGCACUCCCAGGAUAAAAAUCUCACGCUUAUAUCUCAGAAAAAGUUGGCAGGUAUAAUAUUGAACUUCUCUAACUCAAACAGGAAAGUGUGAAAGUGCCCCUCUUGCCCAGCUCUGCCAUCAAUGCAAUAACCUACUACAUAGUUAAAUAAAUCUGUUUUGAAACAAAAUGUAAAAACACUCUCCCUUUUCUUGUAAGUUAAGUGAAUUGUACCGCUGUAAGCCAUGCAUAAAAAGACCUACGCUGACUCUGGGCUUAAUACUAGCAAACAUUUUUUUACGAGAUAAAAUUAAUAACCCACCACAGGUCUCAAUCUUACAAUAAUAUGUACUUGUUAGUAAAAGUUAAUCAGAAUUAAUCAUUAUUUCUAAAUGAGACUUCUUGCUAUCUUUUAGCUGCUGCACCAAAUUUCUUAAAGGAACCAGCUGUUUCUCAGACUGCUCUCAAGGACGGACAAGUCAUCUUUGAAUGUCAAAUAGGUGCUUCACAACCCAGCUAUCACUGGCUUAAAGAUGGAAGAAAUAUCAGCAAAGGAAGCAUCUCACUUAUGGGAUCUUUGUCAACAUUGUCGGUUGGUAAUCUGGAGUUUUCUGAUUCUGGGAACUACUCAUGUAUUGCUACUGACAGGCAGUCAGGACAGAGUGGGGAAAAAACUGGAAUACUAACUGUCAAAGGUACAUUUUCAUUUCUUAGGGGAACUAUUUAUUUAGUAUGUAGAACACUGCUGGGCCAUAAAAUUGCUAGACUUUCAUUUUGGGCCAGAGGAAAGAGGUCAUGUAGCUGUUUUAGCAAGUUUUAUAUGGCUGGUUCUUCACUGCUGGCAUUAGUUGAGUUCUUUCUUUCUUUGGCUCUUUUACCUGUACAUGUCCAUUCAUAACUCUUUGAGGUACCAGGGUUUUGUUUUCUUUAACUCCCAAGAGUUGGAACACAGGAUUUUCCUGGUACACCAGACGAUGUUUCAUUGUUUUGUAGACAAAUAUAACUGCCAUGACAUCAUGUGAAAACAAACUAUAGGCCCAGAAAAUAUUCAUCCUGUACCAUGGAGAAUUUACUGGUUUGACCCCCCAUCCCUCCACAAUUUCCAAUUGUUCUGUUCAUACUUUACUUUCAAAAUUUUGGCCUGUUUAAGAACUGCCCACCCCACUUGAAAUUUCUAAUAACCUUCCAUUGGGUGGGGUGGUAGUGGAUAUUUUCUUCAACAACACAUUAUUUUUGUCUUCUUAGGCAAGCCUACUAUCACUCAAGCUCCAUCACUGUUAUCCACCUAUGUUGGCCUGUCUGGAAUAUUUCACUGUGUUGUUGUUGGCAACCCUAAGCCUACUGUUCGUUGGAAAAACAGUAGCAAUGCCAUCAUAACCUCAGGAGGAAGGUUUGAAGUGUUCAGCAAUAAAUCUUUGAAGAUCAGUAAUUUGUUAAAGAGUGAUGAUGGUAGUUUCUUCACAUGUGAAGCUGAAAACUCAUAUGGGACCACAACAGCCAGUACAACCCUGCGUGUUACAGGUCAGUUUUAGCUGCUACUUAUACCGUAAAAUUCCGAAAAUAAGCCCCUCCAUGUGUAAGCCCCUCCAAAUAUAAGCCCCCCAAACUGGUAACACAAAAAACCGUCUGUUAAAUCGCCCCUCCAAAUAUAAGCCCCCUGGGGGCUUGUGCUUGGAAAAUUGCCCUCAAAUACAAAGUAAAAGAAAGCAAAAACGGUAAAUUUACUUCCAACUAUAAGACUAGCCCAAUUGUUUUUGAAACGCAAAUUUUCGUUCAUAGAUAAGCCCCUCUGAAUACAAGCCCCUCCAAAAAUAAGCCCCUUAAAAAGGGUCUUUGAAAAAUAUAAGCCCCGGGGCUUAUUUUCGGAAUUCUAUGGUACUCAGUUAUGUACAGACAGCACCUCUGAAAAGUUAUCAUUUAUGAUGUCUCCCUUUCCUUCUCUUUAAGAAUUAAGCGUAGUUGCACUAAUGCUAUUCUUAUUUUCUGUUACAAGAAAUGUACCAUAUUUACUUGAAUAAGCACACCAUAUGAGACAAAAAAAGUUUAACCCUUUAAGCCCUGAUAUCCACUUACAAAUUCUGCAAACUGAUCACCAUACAUUUCCUUAAAGAAUGAGUUGGAAGAAUUUGAUAAAAAAUCCAAGAUUUUUCUCUGUAAGAUCAUUUUAUCAAUUCUUGUAGACUUUGCUCUUGACAAUCUAUUGUUAUUGUUAGGAGAAAAUUGAUUUUGGACACUAUUGGGACAUAAAGGGUUAAAGACAUCACCAAACUCAAAUAAGCGCUGUGACCCUGAUGUAAUCAUUAUUAAAAGACAAAUGUUUGUCACGUCCAACUUUCAAAUAAAAGCUGCCCUCAAAUAAAUUAACACUGCUCCCAAAUAAGUACUAUAUUUGAGGCAUGGAAAAUUUAAUGAGUGCCAUGGAGCUUAUUCAGUUAAAUAUGGUAUAUUUUAAUAGAGGUGCUCCUUAUGAGUUUGUGUAGGUAAUAGCAUGAUUUGUAGUGACAUUUGGCAUAAAUACUACAUGUGAUAGUAUUGAGACAAUUUUGAAAUAUUAUAAGUGGUAUUUAUGACAAAUAUCGCUUACAAAUCAUGCUAUUAUUUGUUUAUACUACUACCCACAAAAGGCCUUUUUAAAUUUUCUCAUGCAGGUAUUUAGAAUUAAGCUGAAACACCAAUCUCUGAGCCAAUCAAAUUGCAGAAAUUUCUCAUGUAGUAAUAUAAAUCAUGUAAUACAGUAUACCCCCUUUACAAACACUUUAUGCCAGUCCCUCAGAACUUUGAAACGCACUUCCUUCCAAAACCAGUAAUUUAAUAGUUGUUUGUGUUCUUUCAAGAUCCUCCAGCUAUUCCCUCAUUUACAAGGAGACCAGUUAACCAAACUGCAAAUGAAGGAGGGCGAGUAACAUUCUACUGUUCAGUAGCAGGAAGCCCUUCUCCAACCGUCACGUGGAGCAAGUUAGGAGGGAUAAUCCCAGCUGAUAGACAACAGGAGCCUUCACCAGGAUCACUUAGAAUUAUUAAUCUUCAGCCCAAUGAUGAUGGCACUUAUGUCUGUACAGCACAAAAUUUCCUGGGCAAAAUAACAGCACAUGCAUUUUUGCGUAUUCAAGGUGAUUUUCUCGUUAUUAGCUGUUGAGAUUUGGUAUUUGGCCAAUUUAUAGCUAUACUUUCAACCUUCUCACCAAAAAAAGUUCCAAUAAAUUACAGCCAGCUUAACUGUUGUCUGUCUGUCUGUUUGAAAGUUUUUCUCCAUCUGUCCUUGAAACAAACUCAUAGCAAUAAUAAAAAUAUUAUUGGAAGGGGUUGAGCAAAAUACCAUGAUUUGUCAAUGGCAAUGAGAGAGCUCAAUAAUUGUUUUAUACUUUGAUUACUGAGUUUGUUUUUUAAUGAAUAUCUUCUCUAAGUGAGGUGAUCUGUCCUUUUCACAUAAGAGUGAUUGCAAUUAGGAGAAAAGUGUGAUUUCAUUUAUGCCUGAGCAGAAAAUUUUUUGCAGCCAAAUACAGAUGGACAACAUUGGGCAUGAGCAGACCAUUAUUAUUUUGUAGGUAGAUAUUUGCAGGUCAUGCGGUGGGCUUUUGGCAAACAAACAGGAAGAAAAAUUUGCAUUGAAUGAUAAUGCUUGUUAUUUGUUCUUUCUUGAUCUUCUAGGUUAUCCCCGCUUUAUAACAGGACCAUCAAACAAAGUAGUCACAGAGAACUCAUCUGUUCAGUUCACCUGUAUCAUUGAGGGAGAUCCUGCUCCUCACGUGGAAUGGACCACACCCAGUGGGACCAUACUGACUCUGCUGUCUCAGCCGUCUGGUAAUAUAAGGGUCCUCGCAAACAACUCCCUUAGCAUCACUAUGGUAACUGGAAUUAAUGCUGGUGCAUACACAUGUACAGCGGUGAACGGUAUUGGUCGGCAAUCCAUUUCAGCUACCCUGACUGUAUUAGGUAGGUACAGUACUGCUCAAAAAUAAGUCAAGAUCCUCUUGCGAUGCAAGAGUCUUGUCUUGAGGGAUAAAAUCCUUGUCUUGCAGGUGGAUUAACCCUUAAAGCCCCAGCAUCAACAUGCAUCUUCUCCACACUGUUCUUCAUACAUUCCUUAUGGUACUGCUUGAGAGAAUUUGUUCUAACAUCACAACAUUUCAUCUUUGGUGAUCAUUCCGUUAAUUCUCAUGACCUGUCUGUUUGAUCAGGCAGUGUAUUAUUGGGAGAAAUUGGAUGUCGAUCACUAUUGGGGCUUCAAGGGUUAACAACACUGCAAGUGUGUAGUGUGGCCAGAGAAUAAAGAUGACAUUUUGCGACACCACCACUGGUUUCACUGAGAAACCAUUGGAGGAACGAGCACCCAGACCUGGUUAGUGAUAGGUCAUCACAGAAUUUUUGCGCUCGUUCCUUAGAUGUAAUUUUGCAGGAGGAACCAGUCAGUGGUGGAUCUAGACUAGACCUUUAGAUAAGGGGAGGGGCCCGGUCAUCCAGACCCUGAGAUAAGCGGGUCCUGGUCUUAUUUUUCCAGCCCUUUGGGCCUCAGUUUGGUCUAAAAAUAAGGGGGGGGGCCUCCCCUGGAUCCGCCACUGCCAGUGGUGGCAUUGCAAAAUGUGACCUGUUUUCUCAGACAAGUGUUCAAGUGUCAAGGAUUCCCUUUCCUACUAGCACUUCCAAAAACUCGUACUUUUAAUACUUUGAGUGUAAUUUGUGUUAUGUAGUAGUGCAGAUUUGUAAGAUAUUGUUAUUUGAGAGAUUAAGAGUCACAUUUACACCAAACGGCAAAAGUGAAUUGGUACCACGUGACCAAGUUUCCCCCGUAUUCUCGUUUACUGUUUAUCACUUCUACUCAAAAUUAAGCAAUUUCACGCUAGUUUUAUCCAAAAGAAUUGUUCUGGGCGGUUUUUAUCUGCUUAUUUUCUAUUCUGAGAAACUCUCAACUUGAAUCUGACAUUUGCCGUUUGCCCUAAACGUGACUCUUAAUCUCUUUUGCAAUUUUCAAAAUUAAAAAAAAAAACGUGAAAUUUAAGUCUUACAAGUUGAUUCUGUUUCAGGUAGCUUGAACAACGGAACAACAUUAGAGAGGUUUAGCAAAAAAAAAAAAGGAGAGGUUAAGCAUCACGUUUGCGUCAAAUUGCAAACGCAAAUUUGUACAAGAGACCAAGUUUCUCCUUUACUUUUCGUUUACUGUUCAUUAUUUCUACACAUAAAUUAGUAGUCUCACGCCAUUUUUUAACCAUAAGAAUUGUUUUGAACUGUUUUUUAUCAGGGCCCAGUUCCUGAAAGGCCGAUUAGCUUUAAUCCUGGAUUAAAAUUUUGUUCCGUUUUUGUUUUUUACAUUCCUAUACAUUUCUUAGGGUAAAAUUUUGUGUUAUCAUUACUGUAUCUCGUAGUAAACACUCAACAAUAUUUUGUAACCCCGCGUUGCAUGUUCUUAGAUGAGAAAACCGUGCUUGAAAUUUGGCUUAAUCCUGGGUAAAACUUAACCAUCUUUCGAGAAACCAGGCCCUGCUCAUUUUCUAUUUUGAGAAAUUAUCAACUUGAAUCUAACGUUUGCCGUUUGCCGUAUACAUGAAGCUUAAACUCUCUGUUAUUUACAGCCUACGGCGACAGGUGAGCAACGUUGAUUCUCCUCUCUAGAAGAAGGUAGUGUUGGGACAACGCGAGAAAUGUCCUUGAGGGCAAAAUGUCUUAACUAAUUUUGUCACCGAUUGGUUCGUUUCAGCUCCUCCAAGAUUCUCAACACACUUGACAAACAGGACACAAAAUAUCAACAGUCAACUUGUUGUGGAAUGUACAGCUAAUGCAGCUCCUGUUCCAGAUUAUCAGUGGUCAUUUAAUGGGUCCAUUAUUUCAAGACAGCGCAGCCUUAACAUAACUUCUCUAAGCCGCGAUAAUCAAGGAUUUUACUUGUGCACUGCAAACAACUCACUGGGAUCAGUUCAGGGCGGUUUCUAUUUGAUAGUUCAAGGUAAAGUUGCUGUGUUGUAACAUAUUUCCUUUGUUUAACUAAGUAAUAAAAUAAAGUCAGGAUGCAUAUUCUCAAAACGGUCAGUCUCCAUACUUUUUCUGAAGUACUGGCCACAAAACUUGAAUGUCAUUUUGGUUUUUUCUUUUUUAAAACCUCGACUUUGUCCUGGUUGGCAUCCAUCCAUUUAGUUCUCACGCUUCAUCAAUAAUGCUUUUUUCCCCUCUUUAAAACAUGACUGUAUGUAUUAUCGUGUCUUGACAUCUUUUUGACCACUUUUUUUCUAGUUCCACCAACAUUUGUUGAAUCUCCCAAGAAUCAAACCAUUCCCAAGGGACAUACAGCCUCUUUUCCAUGCGCUGCAUUAGGAGACCCACGGCCAUCAAUCACGUGGUACAAGUCACAUGACCUCAUCACCAGUAAUGCGCGCUAUCAUAUUUUAGCCAAUCAGACACUAGUAAUAUUCAGCGUCACUGCACAGGACAGUGGAUCGUUAACGUGUCGUGCAAUGAACGAAGCGGGGACCAGAGAAGCGAAGGCAUAUCUUCUAGUGGCAGGUUUGGCAUUUAUUUUCUUGUACAUUAUCGUUUUCAUUCCCGAUUUCUAUAAAAUUUAAUGCACUGUGGUUUCACUCUUACUGCAACAAUCGUAAGAAAUGGGGACAACCUCAUUACAUUAUGUCCACUGUGCUGCAUCCUCCACCAUUAUCUCAGCGACAAAAAAAUUACUGAAAUGUCAUCUGUUACAGAUUUUCCAGUUUUCACAACGUUGCCAAGCAAUGCAUCAGUGGAAGAGGGACACACUGUUACUCUUACGUGCCGUGCUAAAGGACCAGACACCCCUCAAAUCACGUGGUUGAGAGAAGAUGGCAGUGGAAUUCCAAUCAACAUUGUUGCCAGUGUAGACACACAGCUGGAUCCUAGCGGCGAUCUGAAAUACACCAAUGCAAAGUCAAAGCACAGAGGAAUGCAUAUAUGUAAAGCUUGCAAUACUGCUGGGUGUAAAAUGGCAAAGGCUUUUUUAAAUAUCUUAUGUAAGUGAAUAAUCUCGCUUUUGUCUUUCGCGGUUUUUGGUAAUGAUGGGCGGAGACGAAUGUGUCGCGAAAAAAUAUCGGGCAAAGAAGUUUUUUUUUUAGUUUUUUGGGCGCGCUUUUCCCACUCGUCUCGACCAAUUAAGAGCCUGGAGUAGGCCAGCACUUUUUAUACUGGUGUCCUACUGAGUGGUUUGCCCGCUAGCUAAUUCCUUUUCUCUCACCCCCCCCCCCCCCCCCCCCCCCCCCCCUUUCCCUCUUUACCCCCACAGUUUCCCCGAUUUCCCCCCCCCCUCCUUUUGCUGGUGUUUUGUUUUUGUAGUUUAUUACCCCCCCUUUUAGGUCAACAUCAAAAAAUAAAAAAAAAAUCAAAAACCAAAAAAGAGAAAAAAAGGAUUGCAGAGAAAAUGACGUCGGGGGGGGCGGGCUUUUGUGGUAUUUCCCCCCCCCCCCCCUUCCCCCCCUCCCCUUUACCAUCUUAACCCGCAAGUUUGACCGAGUUCGCACACCCAUUUCUAUGCUGAGUUGUUAGUUUGGAUAGUUCAUGCACCCACUUUAAGGUCCAAAGUCAAAACUGCAUAACUAACUGAAAAGCCAUAGAGAGAUAGAAAGUGUCUACGGCAAACUGGCUCUGGGGGCGAGCUGCUUAUGGGUUUAACUAGCCACGGGGCGCCGAGCUGGCUACGGUACAUAAUCCGCUCGUCUCCAAAACAUUUGAAGAGGCUGAUCUCAAAAGAACACUAUAUAAUAAUACAUGUAUAUAAUAAUAGUGAUGUUUUCAUUCGCUUUCCAGUUGCUCCACGCUUCCCAGUCUCUCCAGCCCCUGUUUUUGUUCUCAAGGGACAUACUGCUUAUCUAGAGUGUAAACCAGAGUCCAAUCCCCCUCCCGUCAUAACAUGGCUGAGAGAUGGACAGAGCCUCGCUGGAUCUGGACACCAGUAUAUUGUCAAUAACGUGCAACCAGCCGAUGAGGGGUCGUAUACUUGCAAUGUUAAGAACAGUAGAGGAUCAACACAAGGAACGGUUGAGUUGUCAAUUGGAAGUAAGUCUUAAGGCUGUUUGUUUCAUAUGCUUGGAGCAAACUUCACUAAAUUUUUCGUAGCCUCCAGCUACCUGCAACUUCGACUAUGCCAUCUACACUACCGGUAUCCGAUACAAUAUGAACAGCAACGGCACAGAACUGAAGCAAAUCGCUCGCACACAUCGAACAUCAUUGUACCGGAGCGGUUGUCCAGUUCCUUACUUCUGAACAUUUACUGCCGUGUUAGUGUCUCAAUAGGCCAUUACCGAGUUCAAAAUGCUCUCACUUUCAAAACGAGACUAAGUGCAAAACCUUUCUUGUUCAAAUUAGUCCUAUUAGAGAGCUUUAGAUUCUGAGACGAGAACGAGAUUUUCUCAGUAUUAAGUACUGCUCGCCAGUGAACCGUCGUGAUUCUACUGCGAGUUUUGACGAGAAUGUCGUAGUGGCGGAAACAAGUUAUCAAAUUAUAGAAGUUUCUUCAUCAUUUUGCGACCGGGGAAGGGCUAAACCUUCUGCAAUAAAAAUAACCGCACUAAUUUUUCCGGUGAAAAAUAGUACAAUGAAGCUUUCUAGAUUGAAUAUUUUUCGAGAAUACGCGAAAAAGUUUUAGGUUUAAUCUCGUAGUCGUAGUCGGCCUCGUCUUCAAAUCUAAAGCUCUCUAAUUUGUGAAAAUGAAAAUCAUUUUGACGUCAAUGGCUUCGUACUUAGCCUCGCACUGAAACGGAGGCUUGGGGUAACUGGGAAAUGGCCUAGUAGAAUGAAGAUAGGGUUUGUUGCUAAGGAAACAUGUACAGCUCUGUACUAAUAAUUCACUCGAACUUGUUUAAUAGCGAAGGCGAAAAUAACAGACUUCAAACAGACACCAAGGCCAAACAGGAAAGUUUUGUUGCAAUGCGUUGUGGAUGGAAUACCUUCUCCCGAAGUGACCUGGUAUCUACAGAAUUCCAAGCUUCCCGACAAGCAAAACUUUCCUGACUAUGACGUCACAUCAAGCAGAGAACUGCUCUUACCAGCUGCAGCUUGGAGCAGCAAUUCUUUUUUGUGCAAUUGCACCAAUCCACUUGAUUCAGUGGCGAACUUUGCAAGAGGUAAAUUUUUUGAGAUGUUAAGUCCUUAUUUGUACGGUAUAAAAGCUGACUUGAACUGAUCGUGUGGCAUGUUUUGCAUAAAGUAACUAUGACUACUGAGAGGUGAAGUGAUUUAUGAAUUGACAGAUCAAAAUAGUAGUGGAGAGGGUUUGAAAGGGUAGAACACAGGCAAUUUUGAAAAUGUGGUGAUUGGUUUGGUUGUGUAAAACGAAGCUUUGUAAUUGGCUGAAAAACAUCGUGCCAUCUUAUCAGCCAAUCAGAAGUAACGGCCGCCAAUUGGCGCGAAGCGCGUUUUCCCGUCCGUGGCACCUGCUACAUGCUGAGCCUCAGGUUCUGAUUGGUUCCUUGGAUUGUCUGCACAUUUUGUGAUUGGCUAAAGAAAUAACUUUUGUGUCUGUUUCACGUAACUCAACUGAUGUAUCUUGGUUUUAGUUCCCGUGGCACCUUCCGAUGUAACCAUAACAACGAUCAUGGAGACGUCAUUGCACGUGACCUGGAACAAAUCAAGUGCCUUGGACCUUGUUCUGCAAUACAUGGUGGAAGUUAUGUCUGCAACUGGAGACUGGGAACAAGUCAAUGAAACCAUAUUAGGAACGUCAGUACUUGUCAGUGAAUUGAACUCAUUCACUACUUACUCGUUCAGAGUGAGGGCCAAAAAUGGUCUGGGAACUAGUCUGUACAGCCAACCAUCUCAGAAUGUGACUACAUUGGAGGGAGGUAUGCAAGAUAUUUUGGUACAAACGAUGUAUGAGAUGGCCGCCAAAAUGAAGAUAUGCGAACUUAGUAAAAGCAUGGACUUGACAAAGUAGUGGAGAUAUUGGAAACAGAAAGCUAAGAACGUUUUCUAGUCACAAGAAAUUGUCCAUCGUGACGAAAUUUUUUUUUUGCUCUGAAAUGGAUAACAAACGAGAAGGAAACUGGGGCCGAUUUACUUUCGCGAAGACUUCAGGGACUGUUAAUGAGGACAAGGAAAAAAUUGACCAAUAGCUGACGAGCACGUCCCCAGUAAAGAUCCCAAAAGUCUUAGCGAAAGUUAAAUCGGCCCAAGGUUUUUUUUCGUUUUGUGGCGAAUUCGUACUCCGUGGGUAUCUUCUGCCAAAAAAAAAAAAAAAAAAACAAAGCGAAGAGCAAAGAGAAUUAAACAACAGACCUUUUAGGACUCAUGUGUCAGUUUUUUUUCUUUUUCUCGUUCUUUUUUUUCAGGGUUUUUUUAAUUUUGUUCAUAUUUUAUGGGAUUGAGCUUGUAAGUUGCAUUUGUUGUCUUCUCCUAACAGCACCGUCAACCCCGAGGGAGCUAAAAUUAACGGCCAAGAAUGAUAGCGUCAUCGUGAUGUCUUGGAUCAAACCGGCUAUGUUAAAUGGUUACCUCAGCAAUAUCCUCUACCGAGUCAAUUACAUACCACAGGGUGGCAAUGUCUCGGACGAUUUGUUUAUUCGGCAUUCUCCAUCUGGAAGCCCGCAAAAUUUCACGUUGGUAGGCCUGUUACCUGACACUGUUUACACUAUUAUGGUGUUUGCUGGAAGAAAAAGGAAUGAUGGCGUGGAAAGAUGGAGUAGACAUGUUUCAGAAGCUGUAAAAACAUGGCAGAUAGGUGAGUGAAACGUGGAGCGUGUUCGACUGAACGUUUCAUACAAGUGUUUCUCCACUCUGUGGGAAGAAUGGGCCAUCGAUUUUUUAGAUCGUUUGGAUGGUAAACAAGUAAUUACUGGUUUAUGGUUAGAUACCAUCGAUCAAGAAAAACUAACUCUUGUGCACGCAUAUAUUCCCAGAAACCUUGCGGUUAACAGUUGUGCCUAUUCUUCUGUUGUGUGUGGAGCAUCAAAUAGAGCCUUUGCCCGUGACGUCACGUCCGCCAUCUUGGUGUCUUAAACCAGUCCUGUGGGAAUUGAACUCUUUUCUUAUGUAAACUCUUUCUUUUGUCGCAAUAAAUUUGCAUGGCUGCUAUCCACGUGAGUGAAAACGCCCUAUAGCAGACAGGCAGUCAGAAAAAUCAGCAAACGUGAACUCUAAGCAAACUCGCUGCCAGGUUUCUCUCCUACUCGUCCCACGUCCCCUCGUCCCUCUUGCUUCGUUGGGACGAGUAGGAGAGAAACCUGGGAACGAGGUUGGAACGUGAAGCAUUACAAACGUGCAUUUAACCUUUACUAGGCUAGGAAAGCAAACUUGUUUUGCAUUAUGCAGCAAUCGAGAAAAAAUCUCUUGCUGACAAGUUCUUAUUCAUUUUUUAGUUCCCCUGACGCCGCCUGUGGAUUUAACAGUGCUGUCUAAUGGAGCUUAUCAGAUCAUGGUUAAAUGGAAGGUGCAGUAUCAUUCAAAGCAAAGCCUUAAGUCAGCACGCCUUUUUGAUUUGUCUCGUUUGUAUUUAUCUUUUUGAGAACCCAAUGAGCAAAAUUUCAUAAAUAUCUCGUAAAUGCUUUGCAGGAAAAGAGAGCUUGGAAGAUAAUAAGUGUGUCUUUCUUUUUUCUCAGUAGUCCGUCGAGCGAUAACCAUGAGCAUGACUUGCACCCUCGUUUGCCGCGUCUUGCGGCGGUGCCGGUGCGCGCGUGCACUUCCCUCACAAAAUCUGAGGAAAAAAGGAAGAGAAACUGCUCACAAUGUAGUCUUUCUUCAGUGCUAUAAUUUUUUCUUUAAUUCCUUUUUGUAGAUUCCUCCUUUUUCAGUUGCGGGUUACGAUGUGUGGCACAAAGAAUACCAGAGUGCGGUUGCUUAUAAGCAGGUGCGGUUACAUAACAUGAUGCACACGGUGCACCUCAUCCUUGAUCUUAAACCCGACACCAAAUACGAAAUAAAAGCCCGGAUGUAUAGCAAUGCAGGGAUUGGUCCUUUCUCAGAACCACAAGUCGUCAAGACCGGUACAGGUAAGUUUUCCUUAUGAAAUUUAGGCGAGCACCUAAAAGAUAUGAUGUAUGAUUUCAAAGGAAGAAAUGUGGCGCUUUAUCGCUGGGAAACUUUGGCUUAAUCGUAUAUUUUGGUGAGGUAAAUUAAACACGUAUCAAUUGACCAUAAAGAGUUACUGAUGGACGGCUCCAUUUUAGUGAGACAAGCCAGAAAUGCGUGAGCCUGCAUGAAAUUGACUUUAAAUUCCGGGUUUAAGUUCUUUGGCAUAUCUUUAGCUUUGAAAUGGUAGUCUGGUAUUUGAUCUACAAAAGUAGAAAAACCUCACUUUUAAUUAAGACAUAAUCUCAAGAUAUAAGGGGUCAUGUUUGAGUAACUUGGGAAAGUCCCUCUGGCGUGCUUAGUUGCAUUGAUCGCAAGGGCACUCAAGGGACGAUGGUGAUUAAUGGUGAUAGUUAUGAUAAUGAUGAUGAUAAUUAUGAUUAUCAUGAUCAGUGGUGGUGCUGAAGGUGGUGGUGGUGGUGGUGGUGGUGGUGGUGAUGAUGAUGAUGAUGAUGAUGAUAGUGGUGGUGGCGGUGGUGGUGAUGAUGACGAUGGUAGUGGUGGUAGUGGUGGUGGUGAUAAUAAUACUAAUGAUGACGAAAUGAUGAUGUUAGUGAUGGUAAUAAUGAUGAUGAUGACGACAACGAUGAUGAUAAUGAUAUGAGCACCUCUCUCUGCUGUUACUUACAACUCCUUUGUUUUCAAAGUACAGCACAUGCCUCUAAAAUACAGCCACUUUCACUAUCUGCCCGUAUCGAAGUAUCAGUUUAGUGUGGGAGGGCGGGACGUUCGCCUAAACAUCACCUCUUACCAAACGUUUUUGACGCCGUUUUUUGUAGAUGCUCUGGUCGUAUCUUCAAAAUCAAGUGGUGAAGAAGAAACGUCUGGAUUACAAGUGGCAAUCAUUUGUUUCUUAGUUGGUUUUCUUCUCUUACUUAUUAUCAUUGCUUUUGUUUGCUUCAAACGGAGACAGACCAAACGAGCACGUAAGUCAUAAUCUUGUACCCAGAUCUAUCCCUGCUCAGCAUUAACCGCGGUAGGAUUAGCUCAGUCGGUAGAGCGCUUGACUGCAGAGCGGGAGGUCGCAGGUUCUCUUCCCGGGGCCGGACCAACACUCAGGGUCUUAGAAUGACUGAGAAAUGAAAGUACUGCCUUUGCCCUGCAAAUGGCUAGACCUUCGCGUGGCUCGGAUGACCACAUAAAAUGGCGGUCCCGUCUCCCGCAGGAGACGUAAAAAUAGUGUCUCCAAUUAGUACUUUCGUGCUAAAUACAUUGACACACAAAUAAAUUUCAUUUGUUUUUUUUUUGUUUUUCAAAUUUGAAAGCCUCGUGCAGAUGCCUUUAGAACGUGGUAUAUCGUAAACUUUCGUUUAUAUGCCCCCCUUCCCUCCCCCAGUUAUACGCCCAUCUACCUGUAAAAAGUACAUCUGGUUAUAAAUGUAUAAAUGGGUACUCUUACCACAAGGUCUGGAUUCGGUCUCAUAAUGGGCAACGGCACCUUGAGAAAAUGAUUCAUUUUUUUUUUUAGGUCAAAGUUUCCGUAUUGAAAACGCGCAGGGAGAUCCAUCGCUAAACUACACCGUUCGAAACAGAGGUCGACGAGCCGAAAGUAACACCUCGCGCGGUUCUACGAGUAACGAUAGCGAUGGAAGCGUGGAGGGCACAUACAACUUCGCGGUCGAAGAUGAUGAUAUCGACGAGCAAAUGUUCGUAGGAGACAGGAACUCAGCUAGUCUCGCGCGCGCGCAUGAUCCACGACUGCGGUACUUGGAUCCAUCGACGCUAAGCCACGAGGUCUCUUUAUCCUCGGGGGAUGACGGAGAUUAUAUUCGCCUGAAAAACUACCAACCCACGCGCAGUCCUGUAGCCCCUCGGAGGAACGGGAAUACUGUCUAUGCUAGUGUAGAUGUUAGCCAUAAUGCGCAAAUGGGAACCAACGCAGCGGAACGAGAUUUAGAAAACCUGAAGGGACAAAAUCAAUAUUUAACGAAUGUACCCAAGGAUUCUACCGAGUUAUCUUCCAGUGAUGAAGACGAUACUCCUCCCAACUGGAUUCCCCCACCCCCUCCGGUAACAAAAUACGAUCCUUUAGAGAAUUCCCAGGAAGAUAAAGACCAUAAGGACCGGAUAGCUGUUCCGGACAGUUUAGUUAAGAGAGCUGCCGAUAAAUCCACCAGUGGUAGCGCAGCAAACGGACUUACAACAAAUGAAUCGAGUUCAUCUGACGACGACGACGAUUCCAAAAGUCGUCUAGCGGUACAUGGAAAUGAACGUCCAUUAUACUCGCAAGUUGAUCCAUCGAAAAAGAAGAAGAAGAAAACUAGAGAAGGUGCUAGUGAGUCAUGUGAUAGAACUGAAAAUGGAAUAUCCACCAACGGCUCCAGUUCUGAUUCAGAAACAUCAGAAGAUGACAGUGUGAACUGGCCCCCACCACCCCCUCCCCCACAGAGAUUAUCAAACCUACCUGAUGAUUCUGACUGGGAACGACCCCUCCCCCCUGAUAUCAUGGCUUUACCGGGCAAGAGGAACCGUUUUGCGGCUUGGGCGGACGACGAGUCUUGA